UUUUAAAGUGACGUCACUUUCCGCAGCGACAGCUGAUGUGCCGAGUCUUCCGCUUCUCUCCAAUCUGCUCCUGAAUAUAGAUGCUGACGGACAAACAUUUAUAGAGAGAUCAUUUUAAUUUUAUAAAGACGGACAUUAUGCUUCACAUGGACAGAUUACCGCUGUUAUGGGCUUUCUUCCAGGCUGCGCUCGUCGUGGCGUGGUGUUUCACCGACAUGGAGACGGGGCCUGGCGCAGGUGUAUCCACACAGCCCAACGGAGAUCGGUUCAAAAUCGAGGGCAGAGCCAUAGUCCCGGGGAUCAAGACCCAGGACUGGGUCUCCUCGGCCAGGAUCCUGGUGGAAGGUGAAGAGUACGUCGGGUUUCUGAGAACCGAUGGAAGUUUCGCUGUGAAUGACGUCCCCUCAGGCUCCUACGUUGUGGAAGUUGUCACCCCUACCUUCAGAUUUGAACCUGUGCGUGUUGAUAUCACAUCCAAGGGCAAAAUGAGGGCACGUCUUGUGAACUACAUCAAGACUUCAGAAGUAAUCCGUCAGCCGUAUCCUCUUCAAAUGAGGGCUAACGGCCCUCACACCUACUUCAUGAAGAGAGAAACCUGGGGCUGGACAGACUUCCUCAUGAACCCAAUGGUUAUGAUGAUGGUUCUUCCCCUGCUGAUCAUUGUUCUGCUGCCCAAAGUGGUCAACACCAAUGACCCAGAGAUGAGAAAGGAAAUGGAGCAGUCCAUGAACAUGCUGAACCCCAAUCCCGAACUUCCAGACGUCUCCGAGCUCAUGACCAAGCUUUUCUCCGGAUCCAAGGGCUCCAGCAAGGCGGGCAGCAGCAGCAAGGGUACCAGGCCAGCUGCCAAGAGGAGGUAGUACCCCACAAGUCCCCAGCCUGCCUACAGACGCUGGAGUUAUGCCAUGGAAGCAAGAUUUUUAAGUGUCAUUUUUUCCCCCCUCUGGGUCUAUUGUACAGUUUUCUUUAUUAGUAGAUGUUUAAGCACAUCAUGAUUUCUAAUAUGCUAUUGGAAACUGAGAAAAAAUAAGAUUUUUUUUCAUACUGCACUGAGAGAAAUUUCUUAAAAACCCUGAAAAAGCUGUUUUUUUCCCUUCAUUUGCUCUAUACUUUGGACAUGUGGCUCUACUAUUCAUCCAUCUUUUCUGUGCUAACCCUCCGGUGUGCAUUUUUCCACUGCUGCUAAUUCCACUGCCUGACAGAGAACAUAUAUACAGAGAUUUCCUUUUUUUUUCUUCUUUUUUUUCAGUAAUAUGACUGUGAAUGAAGAUUAAUUGAAUUUUAAGACUGAUAAAUUCUUAUUUAAAAACCUAGAUAAAUAAAUUGCGAUGGUAUAUAAAGAA